GAAAAACGUUAGCAGAAGACGAUUGUAGCUAGUGUGAUAAACUAGCGAGAAGUUCCGUGCAAAGUUUUUGUUCGUCUCAAAGCGCGAAUUUUAAGCAUUUUAAACGACUUUAUUUUUUCUCCACGCACGGUUACCUAGGUAACAUCAUGCCGUAAAUGUGAAUCUCCACACAACAAGUACAGCGACAUGUACAUCCGUCUUCACCCAGCGAGCGCCUGAGGGUCCGUUACCAUGGCGAAGCAGUUUACCAUCGACGAUGCCUUCUCAUUGGAGGGGGAGGACGAAGGGGUGGGGCGCGAGGAGGACUUGGACGGAUGGAAGGAUAGAGAGAAAGAGCGAGAUGGAGAGAUGACGUUCGGCCCGCUGACGUUCUCCAAACCACAGAGUCUUCCGUCCUCCUGCACAGGAACGACAGAUCACAGCAACCUGAAAUACCAGAACCUGGAGAAUGAGGAGGUUUUAGGCAGUCCUGUAAACUCCACCUUCAACAACCUGUUUAAAAUCAGUGAUCCAGCUACACUGUCCUACUGCAGUUCACAGUGGUCCUUCAGCACACUCAGCUCUGUUACACAGCUCUCUGCACAUUGCUGCGGGUGGACGUCUCAUCCUUUAAUAAAAAAGAACAGGAGAGUGGUGCUCGCCUCCUUCCUCCUCCUCAUCACUGGAGUCGCUCUGAUUUUCACAGGCAUUGUUCUUGAGUUAAACCGACAUGCAGAGGUUUCAAGUGCGAUUUUCUUUGUCUCUGGGUUUCUGCUCUUCAUUCCUGGUGUUUACCAUGUGAUCUACAUAAGCUGCGCUGUUAGAGGGAGAAGGGGAUUCAAGUUCUUUUACCUGCCGUACUUUGAGAAAUAGUGACUGACCCUCUCUCUCUCUCUCUCUCUCUCUCUCUCUCUCUCUCUAAUUUUGAAACUUCUCUUUUUAUUUUAUUUUAUUUUUAAGUCUUCAUUCAAUCACAAUAUACAGAAAUGAGAUGAAGCUCUACAGGUAACGCUUUACAAUAAGAUUCCCUUCAUUAAUGUUAGUUAACAGAGCAUCAAUGUGAACAAUAAUAUACCAUCAAUUAUACUAAAGUCAUUAACACUUGUGUUAAUUGAGUUGUUUACACAGUAAGAUUUGUUUUCUAUGUAUUAGUGAAGAAUUUGUGCUGGUUAAUUUGUGCAGCUCUGACCUUUAAUCCCACAGACCUGAGCUGAUCACCACUUCAUGGUUUCCUUCCUUUGGGUGGAUUUAAUCUGUCACUGAUGGAAUAUACAAGAGAUAAUACACUGUUCUGGGAAAUGAAUCAAGGUGUUUAGCUCAAGUGUUGAUUACUUUAACGUUAAUUAUGGUUUAAGAAUGUUAACUAAUGUUGUAAAUGUUUGUGCACCUCGAUGUAAAGCGUUCCUGCUGUAUUUGUGUGAUGGUGUUAAGUCCUGUGAAAGUCCUCUCAUUUCAGGUUAUAAUCUCAUAUCCGAGUAGCUUUACUUUGCACAUUACACAUCGUAGAUGCAGUUUCAGGAGCAGACACACAGCGACUGAGCUGAAAUCAUACUUUUAAUUCACUUUACUUAUACCUUUAAACCUUUUUUUUUUAAUUUUAACGUAGUUUAUUAGACGUUUUUAACAUUUUAACACCAAACCGAACGGCAUUGACUGCGGUCCUGCUGCAGGAGCCGUUCAGAGGGAAAAGACUUCACCAUGAAAAGACGGGUGUAAAUUUUGGAAAGAUAGCGACGACUAACACAUCAACACGUCAUGGAUGAAGUGACAAAGUGCCAAAUUUUUUUUUCCCUGCACUGUUUUUAAUCUUUAAUGAAUUAAUACCACUACUAACACUUUGUACCACUUUGUAAAACUCAGUGAACUUUCAACACGUCUGCACGGAAGAGCGAUUUUGUUUUUUUAAUCAUUGUGACACUACAAUAAAAAAUUUUUUUAUAA